AGUGACUAGUUCUGCUCUCCUGGAGAAAGAACAGUGCUGGAGAAAUUCUUCUUCGAAUGCACAUCAUCGAUACCAUCUGCUCGAGCCUCGUUCUUGGCAUUUUUUCCGCUAUUUAUCCCUCCUUCUCCCUGUCCCAGGCUGUUUGGGACGGAAGAAUUGAAGUUAGUUCGAGAACAAUUUUUUAAUUUGGGUGAGAAAAUAGGGGGAGAAAGUUAAUUGCUAAUUCCCUAGUUUUUAAAUAAGUAGAAAAAUAGAUUACAGAUCCGGAAGUACUUUCUCCUGUUUUUUUUACUUACAAUCGUGCUAAUAUUUUACGAGCUUUGAGCUGCUAAUUAUUCUUAAAGGUUCCACACAUUUCUAUAAAUAUUUCCUGCCCGGGUGAAAGUUAAUCAAGCUUACAAAUCAAUAUUAAAUAGAGGGAGAGAAAAGUGUUUACAGAGAAGGAAGCCAAUAGUUUACAUAAAGUUGUGCUCCGAAAUUGCUCGUUGACAUUUAACAAUAAAAAACAUUUUAGUGUAUUUUAUCCAAUUUCACUAAUUAAAUUAUACCAUUCGAACUUUCUCCAACAAACAAUGAUCUCCUCCUGCUGAAUCGGAGGACAACAAAUUUGCAGCCAAAUUUCCACCAAGAAGAUAAUGCCCAACGUCCCCAAGAUGCAUAUUCACUUUGAGAAAUGUAUAACUGCUCAGACAGACUGCACCAUUUUGUCCUUGUCCUGGAUGGGAAAGGUGCCGGAUGAGCUACCUGAGGAUGAGGGCUGGAAACUAAACCGCAACCACUACUACCAGUCGGGCUGGUUGGCUACGGGAAAUGUUCGUGGAAUUGUUGGCGUCAGCUAUACAACUUCACACUGGAGAAGGUGCAAUUCUGCCAAUGACGUGCCGGCAAGAUCCAAUUAUAAUUUGCGAGGACAUCGUUCACAGGUAACGAGAACAUGUUGGAACGAGCCGUAUCAAAAAUUAGCCUCUUGCGACAGUUCAGGGAUCAUCUUUGUCUGGAUAAAGUUUGAGGGAAGGUGGAGUAUAGAGCUGAUCAAUGAUAGGAGCACUCCAGUUACACAUUUUUCGUGGUCACAUGAUGGUCGGAUGGCAUUAAUCUGUUAUCAGGAUGGCUUCGUUCUCGUCGGCUCCGUGGCUGGUCAGAGAUAUUGGUCCACCGGUUUGAAUCUUGAUGGGACAAUCACCUGCGGGAUCUGGACACCGGAUGACCUUCAGGUCUAUUUUGGGACGAGCAACGGUCAAAUCGUCGUUAUGGACGUGCACGGCACAAUGCUUUCUCAAGUCCAGCUUCCUUCCGACUCCCCCAUCGCCAACAUGUCGUGGAGUUGUGAAAAAUUCAAGAUGGAAGAAUCUGAGGAGGGGGAGCCGAAUCACUACACCGCGAAUGGCGCCAAGCGUCCAUUCCUGCUCGCUGUUUGUUUUACCACGGGCGGAAUCUAUUUGAUGAACAAUUACGACGACAUCGCCCCACUCUAUAUUUUCACCGGGAUGCAUGGGUUGCAGAUGGAAUGGAGCAAUUCUGGUGAUUUUCUAGCCGUUGCGGGAAGUCGUCCUAUCGAAGUUGUGACCGAGUCGGGUCUAAAGGUCAAAGAGUAUGCCAACUAUUUGCAUAUUUAUAGUCCGGCUGGCGUCCGUGUUCUUAACUUGACUGUGCCACAUACAAAAUCGCCAGUUACUGCGAUGACCUGGGGGCAUAAUGAUAAAAGAAUUUUUGUAGCUACGGGGAAAGUAAUCCAUGUUGGCUGGGUGUCGAAAAGAAUCGCAACUUUACAACUUCUAUGUCGUCUCGCAGUCUACAAAGCGUUAAGUGCGGAGACUUGUGUUUCCCAUCUUCCAAUCCCGAUGCCAGUGCGGACUUUAAUUUCAUCCCUGCACACUCAAACGAUUGUGUCAAUCCUCCCAAAUUUUCGGGAACUUCGCGAAUUCGUAAGUCACCCUCCCUCCGGCUCCCUUCGCCUCCACUGCACCAUGAUACGGCACGAGGAGGAAACGAAUCAAAGUGCGGGGACGGUCUACACCCUCUACGUCGAAUAUUUGGGGGGCUUAGUCCCAAUAUUGAAGGGGAAGCGGACGUCCAAAAUCAGACCAGAAUUUGUUAUUUUUGAUCCUCAAGCCAUUUCUCCAGCCUCUCAGGGUGGAAAUACUUUCAACGUUGCCGUCACCCUGUUCAACAACACGGCCUCGCUCGCACCUCCGCCAAACGAGAAAGUAAAUAUUCUUCAAGAUGUUUACAAUGCAUCGACGUCAUCACGAGGAAAUGAAAGCGGUGGUGGAACUAGCACCAGUACGAGCACAAGUACGAGUACAAGCAGUGGAAUGGGGGGGCUCAGAUCCAGUGCGACCACUACGACGAACGGCGUCGGAGUGCAAGCAGGUGGUGGGGCAAUGUCCAAUCCGGGCUACAGCGAUAGCUCAGAGUCUGACGAUGUCGAACUCUGUGCAAGUCCAAGAAUGCAGAGGAAACGGUAUCGAAAUCGGCAACGGGAGCGUGAGAGGAUGUUAAUGAGGGAGAGGGAGAGAGAAUGGGAGAGAACGAGGUCUUCCGUCCAUCUCAUGCCGGAACCAACCACUCCGGAACAAUUGCUUUACAACGAUGUCCUUCCUGAGAACGUCCGGCUGGUCGAAGUGACUUCCAACAUAUUCGGGACAAAGUUCAAGAUUCAUGGACUCGCCUCCGCACUACCAGAAAAUUUAGGGUCCGUCACCUACAAAACGUCGCUCCUCCAUUUGCAACCCAGGCAGAUGACGUUGUUGAUCACGGAGCUGAGAGAUGACAUCUUCCUCUCCCCCGACAGGACCUACUCGCACGCGGAUGAAGAGGACGAGGAAGAUUUCUCCGUCAUUGUGGGCAACGAUUCCAUCCAUCACCAUCAAUAUAGUGGAACUGGGAAUGGAGGGAGCAGUGAAAUUUUUCAUGGGCAUCACGUAAUCUACCAUCCACAGGGGGCCGGUUCACCAGUGGUUCCACCUAAUCGGUGCUUUCUCCAGCCAAGAAGCAGCUCGACGAGGUCGCCUGCUUCCUCCUCGUCGGCUGGAAAUAAUCUCCAAAUCUCUUCAAGUGAAGUUUCAUCAUCUUCAGGAUAUUUUGGGAGUACUAAUCACAAUCAUAACAAUAAUACUGGAGCUUCUGUUGCUGCCCCAACAUCUUCCUCGUCAACCGUAUCUUAUAAUUCUGCAAAUGCAAUGGAUCCAAGUAACGAAGAAGGGCAAACUUCCUCGGCCGGAGGAUUGGUCAAUAAUCCGUGUGAAGUGUACUCUGAUGAUGAGCAGGAUGAUUUCACUUAUGUGAAUGGGGCCACCACCAACCCAGACAUGGUUCAUCUGAGGGAGAUUUUGAGACAAACCAUCCAACAACAGUCUGGAUCCGGUCCAAGUUCUACGCUAACAUCCGUCCAACAAAAUUCUACCGUCUGUCAGAGAUGCGACUACGCCUCGCCGUCCUCGUCUCCCGGUAUAAUCCGUCGCCGAAGCAGUAUUGAUGCCUCGUCAUCGUCAAGUUCCCACGUCGUCCCUGCAACACCGCAGAAUCGAGGCGGCGUUGCUAAUAAAAGUAAUAAUUUAGUCACUGCUCAAGUAGAAAAUAGUAUCGAUGAGAACGCAGAAGUAGGCGGCGCAGGGUCGAGUCAUCAACACCAGACUUCCGCACCUUUGCCAUCCCUUCACCGAACUUCAUCCUCGAUCCGAAGUCCGACUCGAAUUUGUUGGAAUGCUGCGGGGGAAGAUGGUAACGAAGAGAUUUCCUCCCCACUCGUCAUCCAACCGACGGCGACCCUCCCCAUCCACGUGAGGAGAAGUAUGAGCGCGUCCUUCCUGGACUCGGUGGAUCGUCAAGGGCAGCUUUCUCUUGAUAUCGUGAGCAAUGAGGGUGUCUCAAAUUCCCCACCGAAAAGAUUGAUCCUGGUCAAGAGGAAGGAUGAUAACGGUCAGAAACAGUCUGGAGGACCAUCCCCACACACAGAAAAUACUGCGACAGGAUCUACGAAAAUGAGGUUAAGGGAAUGUGGCAAGAGUAAAAGUUGGGAUAGCUGUGAUAUCAGUUGGUGGAAAAGUGGGGGUAUCGCGCAGCAAGGUAGUAGCAAUGCUGCCUCUAGUUCUUCAACCCCCUGCCCAAACUGCAACUUCCCAUCCACUUCGAAAAAACUGCUUCCACAACAAGCCAGCAGCAGCAGCGGUAGUAAUAGUUGCACCACGUCGUUUGCCACACUGCCAAAAAAUAGUAGAGCCGCACCCCCUCCCACACCGGCCAAAAGUUCUUUCAACAAAAAUCUUACCGCGUCAUUAUGCUCAACAAGUUCCUCUAUAGCGAGUAAUUCUUCGUCUUCUUCCAUUGCCAAUGGUGGUAAGUCGUCAAGUCCUCUUCUGGGCAGUAGUAGAAGGAUGACGCCACCAACGCCAGGGGGCCGAUUUGCUCAGAGGAGUCGUUCCCAGUCGCAACAUUCCCCACGGAGUAGUGAGGAUGGGAUUGAGCCGGUGCCCCCUUCGUCCCCCUUGUCCAGCCCGACCCCGACGCCUACCACGCACAGGAGGUCGCUCUCCUUACUGACGCCGCUCCUUCGAAGGAGGGACCUCAACAGCAGGUUGAAUCACCAAUCUCAACAGAGCGAUAGCAACAAGCGACUUGUUCCUCCGACGACGACAAGCAGCACUUCCGGUUCCGGUGGAGGUGGAAAUCCUGCCAGUUCUUCCUUCAUUCCGCCUGGAUCGCCGCAACACCAGCCGAGAAAUUCGGCCCCUUCCACGCCGAGGGAACAGAGAAAGGCGAAAAGCAGGCCGAGCUACCUUUCCUCCGCGUCUUCCCCGUUUCGUCAACUUUUCGCCAAUUCUCCGCUGUUAAGCAGGAGGAGGAACAAGAAUCGGAAUAAUGAUCGGUCAAACAGCAGCAGUAACAAUAGUGGGGGAAGGACGAUUAUCGACUCUUCGGACGAGGAGGGGGCGGGUGGCUCGAGUGGGUCACUGCUUCUCGAUGAGGGUCACCAUAUUAGAAAUUUGUCGGGAAAUAGGUCCUCCGUUGAUAGUCCGACUCGUUCUCCAACGCCGAGUUCGAGAAGGACUUCGGUCACGUCGAUUAAUGCCCCGUUCAGAGAUUUGGAAACUUUUCAGAAACAGCAGCUCCGUCAGAAGUUGAGAAAUAAAAAGGUCCACAACGUCGAAAAUUGUCCGUUCCCUCGACGAAGGGAGUUUGUUAUGAAUAACAAGGCUCCAAUGUGGAAUGAAAAUUCUCAAGUAUACCAACUCGAUUUUGGGGGUCGUGUGACGCAAGAGUCCGCAAAGAACUUCCAGAUUGAGUUUCGAGGAAAACAGGUCAUGCAAUUUGGAAGAAUCGACGGGAAUGCUUACACUUUGGACUUUCAGUACCCGUUCUCGGCACUUCAAGCAUUCGCCGUCUGCUUGGCCAACGUCACACAACGAUUAAAAUAAAAAUUCAAGAUUCAUAAACGUAGAAAUUUUAUAGAUUUUCGAAGUAUAAAUUAUGUAAAUACAUAUUUUUUUCUUGCAAAAAAAUUAGCUUGAUUUUUAAUUACAAACUUUAAAAAAAGAACGUUUACUUCUUCCAAUCCAAUCUGACUUCCGAGCCGUCGUGUGAGUUUGUCUUCACUCACUAAUUGUUAAAUUAAAUACAAAUUGUGUAACGAUUCCAGCCACGAAAACUUUUACAUCACCCUCCUCCCAUCGACGCCAACUAAACACGAGAUCUUAACAUGUACAUACUUAAAUUAUCAUUCCUUAAGUUUUAUUGAAAUUAUGGAAAGAAAAAAUAAUUGUAAAAUUUGUAUUAUAUUUGCUCUACUGCUAAGUACUAUAUUUAUGGGAAAAUGUUAUCAAAUUAUAUUUUGUACUCGCUUCUUGUUCUGGUAAAAUUGAUGCUACAGAAAGAUAAUCAGUAAUUCAAUCAGCUUCGUUUGGUGCAUUUCAGGAAAUUGAGACAAAUCGCUUGCUUAUCAUCAUGGUCUGAGUCAUUAAAGUCCAAAAAUUACAUAGUAUUCGUAAAAUAUGUGUGCAUGUAUUUAUGCUACCACCCAAUCCUGCGUAGAUAGAAAUAGCUUACAUAAAUUGUGAAUAUAUACGUUUUUAGUUGGUAUGAAUAUUAUUGUGCGGAUUUAAAAUUUGCUAAAAUGCCGUCCGCUCCUGUUUUCAAUUAAUAUUACAUUCUUUUCACUUUGUAGAAAUAAAGGAAUAUAUUUCAAUCUUACAAGUUCA